AUGCCAAUUGUGAAACGCAAGGCGAUAUCUCCUCUGCCCCUUGCAGACUCCUUAGAGACUGCCAAGAAGGACGGGCAGAAUCCGAGUGUCUUCUUUCUUGCAGCGACGGGCGAAGUAUUUUUGGAUUAUGAACAAUAUGCAGCGCGUCUUAGCUACUACCAUCAGCGCAUAUUUCAGUGCGAGCUCUCUGGGAAAUCGAGCCUGACCUAUUUUGAAGCAGCGCACAGCGAGGAGCAGCAAACUCUCGCGAUUCAAAGGCAAUUUCCCGACCCUCUUAAAGUCCCAGUUCUGAAUGCUGUGCAGUUCCAAAUUACUGGGCGGCUUGACAACCUUGUUGACCUGGUGGUGGAGCGAUUCAAGAACCGAUUCUUUGCCGAGGAGACCGUGUUUGUCGAAAUCGACGGGGCGCGACACCACGGCACUAUUCUAAACGUCGCAUUGUGCACAGCCAAAAAAGAUCCUGAAGCUACGGCACAAAUUCCCCAUUUCCUCGGUGCAAACCUAGCUGUGUCCAUGGAAGAAGCUGCUCGCUUGGACGAUCCCGGACAGUAUCUUUACACGGUAGCAUUGGCCGAUGGCAAGGCCAGCUCAACCGAAGCAAAUGCCGAGCAGCUCAGCCGAGACCGCAUGCUCUUCUCCAAGUCCAUUGUACGCAAGUUUUUGCGCGAUACUAUGGAGCGUGAUAGCCAAAUUGGAAGUGCCUGGUAUGUGCGCGAGAGCCUUGCAAAGCGGUACGGAAUUCUCACGACGCCGUCGGAGGAAGUUUUGCGCAUGCACGAGGAUAUCAAAGAAGGCAAGCUUUCCAAGCGCCGAAAGCUAGCUGAUAAUGACGCUACAAUCGCACGACGCAAAGCAAGAGAGGACCGCAAAGCAAAGAGCGCCGACGACCAAAAGAGGCUCGACGCGAAAAAGCUACUCAAGUUUCCCGCAGAGGACCUGCUUUUGGAGCCGGUCACGGAAAAAGAAUUGCAUGCAGACACUUGCGGCGAAUUGCCGAAACGCGCGCAGCGGCCUGUGCUUGACGGCGCCGAAUUUUUAGGUGUACCGCUAGACACGUUUGAGCCGUUCCUUAUGGCGUACUACUUUUUCUUGACGCUCGGCACGCCGCUGCACAUUUCCACUAUCGCGUACGAUGACUUUGACGCUGCACUUCGGCAUCCAACGCACGAGCCAGCAUGUUUUUUGCUCAACGAAAUGCACGGUGUUUUGUUGAACGCCAUUGUCCGCGACGGCGCCCACAGCCGCGACUUGGCCCCUGGCAUCCAGGCCAAGAAACGUCGUGUGGAAGCGCCCGCACCGAUCAUCGCAGCCCCCGAAGAGCCGCAACCCAUGAACGAUAGCAGCAGCGAUAUUAGCGAUCCAGACGAGGAGGACUUGCCGGAAAAGACAGUACUCGACGCUGCCAUCUCCAUGGGCCGCGGCUGGGAAAAGCGCAUUUUACACGCAGACAAUUUGCGCGCUGGCUGGGAGAGUGCUAUGGCUGGCUGUCUUGCACAGCGCGCAACUCCCGAAACCCUACCGCGUUUUUAUGCAAUCCUCUCGUACCUUACCGGCGUAGAGCACGACGACGCCCUCCAGGACGGCCGUUGUAUGGCGCUUAAAUGCAAGACGAUUGAAGAACGCUAUGCACACAUGCCGCUGGAAGACAAGAUUCAAGCACUUCUGUUUUUGUGCCAGCUGGUGGUGGUAACCAAGAAUGUCAAAACCUACUAUGAAGAGUGUGAGAACCAUUUGACGGAGCUUCGCAAAGAGCGCAUGGAAAUCAUCCGCGCGCGAAAACGCACCUUGGAACAGCGCCACGAACUUGACGGAAUCAAGAAGGAGCAUUUCGAAGAUCAGUCCGAAAAUCAGCCCGAGGAACAGCUCGAGGAACACCCCGAGGAACAGUUCAUGCAAGUGGACGAAAAGCCCGUGUUUUCGGACGACGAUACUGAUUCGGACUCGGACUCCGAGCGCGACGAACUCGCGGAGGAGGACGAGCUAGAGGACUCGGAGGACAGCGAUGCAGGCUCCGAAACAAACUCUGAAACCGGCUCCGAGCACUACAAACGUGCGUUUGGCACGCGGCAAGAAUCGCUACGGGAGAAGGCAAUCCAGCGCGAUGCAGAGCAGUCGCGACAGGCGCAGGAACUCGCGCGAGUAAGAGCGCUGCAACGCGAGACCAAGCAGCUGAAUGCCGAGCGCCGGCGCAUGGAUGAGGAGGCAUUGCGCCUCGGCAAGCACGAGCAAGUCAUUGAGCGCGAGUUUCGCCGCUACGCCAUGAUCCCUCGAUUGCGUCCUUUGGGUCGCGAUCGGUUCAUGUCGCGCUACUUUUGGCUCGAUGGGAUUGGCACUGCCUCGCUCUCUACACACGGUGGCAACACAGCGUAUCAAACGGGCCGCGUGUUUGUCCAGUCUGCAAGCAAUCGCGAGUGGCAGAACUUGUCGUUAAACUACGAAGGCGGCGAACCUGCGCUCGCAAAGCGCCGCGCAAUCGAGCAGGGCGACGAGAACGUGUCCUUUGGGCAAUGGGGCGUGUAUACCAAGCCGGAGCAGAUCGAGGAGCUGAUUGCGUGGCUGCGUACUAAAGGCACACGUGAGAAUGCACUCAAAGCGCAGCUCCUCAAGUACCGUGACUAUAUCGAGGGCGGCAUGCGGAAACGCAUCGACGAUAUUGCGCUGGGCUGGCGCGAGCCCGUAGAGACACGCCGCUCCUCGCGUGUGCGCACGGAACAAUCAGCACACAUGCGCUUGCCGUACAUGACAUGGCGGAAUACAUAUCACUAG